AUUAUUAAAAAGAAAAUGUUAAUAUGCCAUUAAUAUGUCAAUGAUUCCAAUGAUUAUUUGAGACCUACCUUAAAGACGAUUUGUUGACGAUUUAUUAGGUUUGGUUUCUUAAUUCAUUGUGGGAAUAGAAACAAGACAACAAAGAUUAGUCAGAAUGAUGAAGAUACUUUGCUGCAUGUUAAUUUUACUACAAGGGACGCUAGGUGCGCCAUUUCCAGAGAGUAAGAGGAAGACGAUGAAGCCAUUCCUAGGAGGCUUUAUUACAGAAAACAGCGGUCGUUCUACAGAGUUCAAAUAUGAAAAAGCCGAGGAUGAAUUUCCAAGAAAUAAAGAACAAACACAGAUCAUCCCCGUUCAUGAAGAUGGAUACGACAGCCUAGCGUUUCAUGCAUAUCUAAGCAGUUCACAGAAUUAUACGGCAAGCACAAUAAUUAAAUUUGACAUGGCACCGGUAAAUGUUCUUAAUAGAUACAAUCCAAGCACUGGUAAAUAUAUAGUUGGUUUACUGGGUUUACUACGCAUUUACCUGGACUGUUGCCGCCGAUAGGAAAACCUAUUUUACCACAGAACUAAUGGUCAAUGAUGCCGUGAAAGGAAAUAUCAAGUCCGAUGCUGACUUUGUCGGGCAGUCAGAUGGUAUUCAUCCAUCGACAGGGUUUGUCUUGGCAAUUGUCGAACCUCGUGACGAAGUUUGGAUACGAUAUCAUAAGUACGAAGGGAAUACGAUUUUAAGCGACAAUACGACUCGUUCAACUUUUUCUGGAUGGCGUAUUCGCUAAGCUGUUGGAAAAGUAGCAAUGCAUCCCUAAGACAGAACCUGGAAGCAAUGACAAAUACACAUUAAAUAUCAUCACCUUUUUUACUCUGUAUUUAUACUAGCCUAAUGUUACAUUUUAUUCAGUUUAUUUCAUUUCUAAUUUUUAUAUGGUUUGUAGGUCAGAUAUAAUCUGCAGAAAGAAAAUGAUCGUGCUAAUUCCCAUGUAACAUCUAGAUAAAUGGAAAAUACUCGUAAUACUCGUAAAACAAAUCACAAAAUAAAUAUCAAGUUUGCAAAGUGAUCAACAUUUUUACAAAAUACUCGGACAUUUUAAGAAAUAAUUGUUCCACUGUGUGAUAUAUUGUCAAUAUUCAAACAACUAGAUUUUAUUUCUACACGUAUAAAUAUUAUUGCGUAAUCAUAUUAUUCUCUCUACUUAUUUUGAUUUAGGAGUGCAGUUUGUAUUUUAUUAGAUUUAGUUUAACAUCACACCGACAAUGUAUAGGUCAUAAGGCGAUGUUUUAGUUUUGACUGGUGGGGAAGACCUCAGGAACCCUUCCGAGAAUUAUUUCAGGCACAAAGGAGCACCUGAGUAGAACCACCGAAGUUCUGUAAGCAAGCUAUAGUGCAAAAUCAUGAUUAUGACUUUAUGUAUUAUACAACAAUAUCUAGAACAUUGGUGUGUAUUCAGGGAGCAUUUUUAAACGGAUAUAUAAGGAUAUACACAUAAAAUACAGUAAAGAAAAUUAUACAGGUAUAACUUCAUUUUUAAAACACACACUGACAUAAGAGACUGAUUAUGACAAAGAAAAUGCAACAUGCAUAUUGUUAAUGUUUGACAUUCUAUUCUAUUAAGCCCCAAUAAACAAAUGUGUAGGUCUUCAUUGAUAGAAUAUAUUUAUAAAAUUGUCUCAGAUGAUUGUCCAAUCAUGUUUCAACAUUGCUUUAAAGUCAUUUAGUAUAUUUCUCAUUUUAAAGAAAAUUGUUUUUUUAAAUAUAACCUUUUAGGCUACCCUGCCUUAUUUCUUGACAAAAACUUAUAAUUAUUUAAAUGGUACCAGAUGGUUUUUAUCAUGUCAAACAAUUUGUAAAUAACAUACAUUUAAAAACUUUUGUUUCAUUAUCUUGUAACCCUAUCAUGUACGAAUUCUAAACAAAUGUGAUUUUUUAUUCUAUUGGAAAAUAAGGUUUUCAAUAAAUGUUCAUUUUUCUUUAAAUCGUUAAAAAAAUCUUCAUGUGAUAAAAAUGUGUUUAAAGUUGAAAAGUAAUGAAAUGUAAUAGAUGGCAAAUAUCAUUUCUGAAUUUUUCUUUGUUAAGCAUUGAUCCUUUUUUGUAAUAAUACAUUUGCAGGUGUAUAUUGAUAGACAUUUUAUUAUUUCAUCAUAGAUUGUUUAACUUUAAUCAUCUCUGCCAAAAAAAUAGCUUAAAAUUAUGUAUUUUAUACUCCAAACAUUAAUCGUUGUCAAUUAUCUAUGAAUAAAGAUUGACUUCACAGAUUAAUGUUCUUCAAAUUUGUUUUAUUUGAAACUUCCUGUGUGUGACAACC